GGUUCGUGGAUGAGGUAGAAACUCCGAGUUUUCGUAUGGAAUAAAAAUAACGAUAACAAUGUCAAUACUCCACAGGAUUUUAUGCAGGGUAAACGAUCUCUGGUUUUGGACUUUAAGUACUACUUAUUUUGUAAGAAGAACUGUUUCUGGGUUUAACACUACUGUAAAAUGCUGAUUACAGAGAUGGUUGAUACCUUAUACGCUUAAGGCGUAUCUCUGUCGAUGUCGCCGAUUUCCCACGGAUACUCCUUGGCAAGUGGCUGUUCAAGAUGGAAGGAGAAUGCCGUUUCUGUAAACUGUGUAUUGUACUGACUUUGCUGGGUUUGACGUUGAUAUGUUUUGCGAUGUCAUCUGGUGCUGUGGGUACUGUGAUCGCCAACUUUCCGAUUGAAACCAGCCGUACACAAAUAGACUUAUACCUGCUUGAUCAUUCGCUAUUCCCACAGAAAACUACAGAAAGAAGAGAAAGUAAUUACCCACAAAUAUGCAUUAAAAAGAAGUUUGACAUUAGCUUUCUGAAAGUCCACAAAGCCGGAAGUACAACCCUUAUGAACAUUUUCCUACGCUUUGCUAUUGAAAAUAAGCUGAACAUAGUUCUCCCUCGAAGAUCAAAAGGCUAUGGUUUUAACUAUUUAGGAUAUGGACAGACGUUAGCUAGAGAUAAAAUAGUUCCACUUCCGGCAAACGAGUCUUAUAAUAUACUUUGCAAUCACGUGGUCUAUAACAGGGAAGCAUUUCGUUCCAUAAUGCCUGAAGACACAGUUUAUGUUGGCAUAAUCCGAGAACCAGUCAGUUAUUUUAAGUCUGCUUCUUCAUAUUAUGGUUUCUACAAACAAUUACAGAAUAUGUCUGAAGGCAGAAUUCCACAGGAUAGGAUUGUAAGUGAGUUUUUGAAAAACACUUCACAAACAAAACGAGGAAUAUAUUAUGUUAACAACAAGAUGUCGUUUGACUUUGGAAUUCCAAAUCAGAAGUUCCACGAUGAUGUUUUUGUUGAAGAGUAUAUCAAAGAAUUGGACCAAGAUUUUUCACUAGUGUUGAUACUAGAACAUUUUAAAGAAUCUUUAGUUCUAAUGAAACGGAUAUUGUGUUGGAACACGAAAGAUAUUUUGUAUGUACCACUAAAUGCUAUGAAAAAUAAGCCAUCCUUUGAUUUAAAUGGUAACGACAUAGAUAAUCUCAGAAAAUGGAAUAGUGCCGAUUUUAAAUUGUAUAAUUAUUUCUACAAAGUGUUUAUUGCAAAGAUUGCGUCUUAUGGUGAAGACUUCAAAGAAGAGGUAGAAAACUUUAAAUCAAUACAAGAAGAUGUAAAAAGGUUUUGUAACAAAACAAUAGGAUAUCGUGACACUUCGUCUUUUGUAACAUUCCCAAAUACGAAAUGGGGAGAUGCUUUCGUGGUGACAGUGAAGGAUUGUAAACUGAUGAAGGAACCCGAAGCACCGAUGAUGAAAAGGUUAAUAGAAAAUGCGUGGACAAGAUAUAACGCCUCAAUAGCAAAGACAUCGUUUGAUACAGUAAAGUGAUUACCAAAUGGUAGAUCUACUGGUAGAUCAUAAAGGUUUCUUGUCGAAAAGAUAUUUUCAAAUUUUCGAGAAACUAAUAUAAGGUUUUGUAUCAUUCUAAAGGACUUUAUUUUUGGUACAAAGAACUCUUCGAAUUUUAAAGAUAUUGUAACAAGUCUUAUUAGCAAAAAAUGUUUUCAUGUCAAGAUGUCAAUUUCUAAAUCAAGUUUUAAACAAAUAUGUUGUUUUAUACUGUGAUAUAAAUUUAUCUUAAAUAAUUCAAAACCAGCUUAUAUUAAAAUAAUUUCAAAAUCCUUAUCACCAAACGCUAGUGAGUUGAUUAUAUAUUAUACUUAUAUUGUAAAACAUGAAUGAAAACCAUAUUAUGUAAACAGUGAAUGAAAUACAAGGUUCAAAUGCAACAGAUGCUUCUUCUAUAAUAUUUAAUAUCGAAAAUUUACUUGUAAUGCAAAUCAAGAUAUUAAUUAUCAAAAGAAUAUUAGAUUGUUUGCGCGAAGAGUCAUUGUGUCUCCCGACAUAUAACUUUGCUUCUCCGAUUCCCGAUAAUUUGGUCAACGUGUUCUGUGACAUCUUAGUCCCAUAUUUAAUAUAUGCUUGAUAAUUCUUCUUUUAUCCUAUUCUAUUUCUUACCAUUGUUUUAAGACAUUUUUGACAUUUCUUACACAUGUUGAACAGGAAGGUUUCUUCAGUUUUACUCCUUUUAAACGAAUGUUUUAUGUAUGUAUUAUUAUUCAUAAUUAUUACAACACAGUGUACUGUUUGACUGUAACUAUGGGUUGUUAAACGGAUAAUGUCAUUCUUAUAUAUGUAUAGAGGUUAGACUUAAAUAAAAAUAUGCUACUA